AUGCGCCCUCCGGAAUCGGAGACAGACGCGCAGCGGCGGGCGAGGCUCGAGAAGGAGCAGGAAUCGAAGCGCAUAUCUGACGAGAUUGACGAGCAGAUUCGCCAGGAGCGCGAGAAACUGAAGAAGUACAAGGAGGAUGUGAAACUUCUGCUGCUGGGGCAGGCAGAGUCUGGGAAAUCCACGCUGCAGAAGCAGUUCCAGCUGAUGUACAACCCCGCUUCUCUCGAGCGCGAGCGCCUAUCGUGGCGUACUGUCGUGUACUUCAAUGUUGUACGUUCCAUCAGGCGCAUCCUCGACACCCUCGAGGCGUAUGACGACGCGUCGGACGACGGGUCCGCUACCAGCGGCCACGGCGAUGGGACCGAUACUGUCACCGGAUCCCCGAGCAGCGCUCAUGCCCUCCAGAGCAACUACGCGGGGAGCUCCCAGAGCCAUCUGCCGCGAUCGGACUCGGCCCCUCCUGCGUCGGAAUCCCAGAAACAAAUAGCUACGCUGAGGUUGCGCUUGUCCCCUCUCGUGCUCGCCGAGGCAGGUCUCGGCGACCGUCUGAGCGGUGGAGUGACGGUGUCUGGAUCCGGUAAGGGCGGUGUCUUCGUGCGCAACGGCUGGCAGAACCGCACACUCCUCGGACGGCGCCAGGGUAGGGCGAGCAUUGACAGCCGAAACACCGAGCUCAAAGGCGAUGCCGCGAUCAAGGACGAGAUGGUGGAAGACGUAGCGCGAAUGCUCGACGCCUCCAAGGACGAUAUAAAGGAGCUCUGGGAGCAUCCCACCGUGCGGCGCAUGAUCUCCAAGCGGAAACUUCGCUUGGAAGAAUGGUCACAUUUCUUCCUCAAUGACAUUAUGCGUAUCGCGCAGCCAGGCUAUACUCCCACUAUUGACGACAUCCUCCACGCCCGCAUCCAAACCAUGGGAGUCGCCGAGCACACCUUCGACGUCGACCUCCACGGCAAGUCUGUCACCUGGCACCUCUUCGACGUGGGCGGCGCCCGGGGCCAGCGGCAUUCAUGGAUCCCGUACUUCGAUGACGCGAACGCGAUCAUCUUUGUCGCGCCCAUUAGCGCGUUUGAUCAGUAUUUGGAGGAAGACGCGCGGACGAAUAGGAUCGACGAUUCGUUGCAGCUUUUCACACAGAUUUGCUCGAACCAGCUGCUCAAGAAGGUUCAUCUUGUGCUAUUCCUGAACAAGACGGACGUCCUCCAGGCGAAGCUAGCCUCCGGAUUGAAGGUCAACAAAUAUAUCACUUCAUUCGGUGACAGACCAAACGAGUACGAAAGCGUCGUGUCUUACUUCCGUGCGCACUUCCUGCAAGUGCACAAGAAGAAUAACGAGAACAAACGAGUACUGUACACCCAUCUCACUAAUGUUACAGAUACGCUUGCUACACAAAGCAUCAUCGCCAAUGUUCGUGACUCGAUAUUCCGAGGAUAUCUCAAGUCUGCCGCCCUUGUGUAAGGCGAAUGACCUACGACGCCCACGAUACGCAAGCUAGCUACGAUCACGAUGCAACCGCACGGACCUACAAGCCCGAUGUCAGCUGCGCUGGCGUGGACUCACUCCCAUCUGCUUCUCUGCCUGGACACUUGUUUAAUUUAAUCAAUAGUUGCAUCCGGAUUCGCAAUACUCGUUCUCGCACUGGCCUUCUCCGGCACGGAACGCUAUUUUUAUUGCCUUAAUCGCUGGCAAGGUCCCGGAUUACCUUAGUCGCAUGUACGUCUCGUCCCAGGAUCAUCCAUUCUGUUGUUGUGAUCAUAAACGCCCUUCUGUUCCUGUUCUAUUAUUCUCCCAGUAUUCGUUUCUGCUCCCGCUUGUGUAUUCUCAGGUAUUCUCCCCAUGUUGUUGUCUUCGAUGAUCUUUUGUAAUGGUGAUUCGGAUCCGCAGUGUUACUGUUAUGGAUGGAUAGAUCGAUGUAUUGCACUUCCUCUUUCUGCAUGUAUUUCCCUGCCCCUGUCGUUUUACCAUAAUACACAUGAUCGCCG